AUGUCCGCCGUGCAGCUGCUGCGGGUGUCGGUACAUGAGCGGAUCCGCGCGGCCGCUGAACACUUCCUGCUGCGGCUGGAGAAAGGAGAAGAACCGGCUCGAGUCCCGGCGCUGAGAGCGAUGCUCACCGAGCGGCUAACGGCGGAGAUCGUCGCUGUGUUUGAGGAAACCGUGGCGGAGUACGAGGACCGAGUGGAGCGGUCCGAGCGGGAGGUCUGCCGCCAGAGGAGGCUGCUCGAUGCCGUGAUGAAGCCCGAAGUCCGGCUGCACAGAGCAGAGCUGCUGCCGUCAGUGAACCUGAAGCCUCCAGACCUCCGGGCUCCAGACCCUGCAGACCUGAACCAGCCUCAGCCUGAUCUCGUGGACAGUGAUGUGUCCUGCUCGUCCUCGCCGUCCCCUCGCUCGUCCUCGCCCGCCUACAAGCCGCCCGAGUCUCCGAGCAGCUCCGUCCUCCCCAGCGACGCUGACCCAGACAGCGACUGGGACCAGCGGCACCAGGCUCUCAGAUCCCAGAGUAAGAAAAAAAGAGGCAGACCGCCGCUUGGCGCCAAAAACAAGCGCAAGCGGUCGACUCCGUCCCAGUCCUUCAACUGUCUGGUGUGUGGACGGGCUCUUCUGGGGAAAGGCUACCUGCUCAAACACGUGUUGCAGGUCUGCUUCAAAGACAGACAACACCGCUGCGGCUACUGUGGCGAGCGUUUGGCCUCGGCCAGCGCGCUGAAGUCUCACCUGCAGACCCACCAGGACACGUGCAGGACCUGCCCCUACUGUAGCAGGAGCUUCCAGUCCAUCCUGGCUCAGGAGCUGCAUGUGCGCCUCCACACCGGAGAGAAGCCGUUCAGCUGCAACGCCUGUGGCAAGAUGUUCAGCCAGAAGGGAAACCUGACGUCCCACCUGCGCGUCCACGCAGCAGAGAAACCUUUCCAGUGUCCAGAGUGUGGCCGGGCCUUCUGUCACCUGACCUCUCUGGACCGACACAUGCAGCAGCACAAGGACCAGGUGGUGCACAGCUGCAGCGUCUGCGCUCAGGAGUUCAGGAAGCCACUCGGCCUGCGACGACACAUGAUGACUCAUCAUAAAGACGCCGCCCACAAACCAAAGAGAUUCCGCAGCUCUGCUCCCUCCUACAUCUGUAAAGUGUGCGGGGACACCUUUGGCAGGAAGUCCUUCUUAGUGAAACAUGCGGAGACUCACCUGCAGGAGCCAGACGGCUGCUGUGGCCUCUGUGGGCAGCAGUACGAGUCCGCGGCCCGCCUGGCCGAGCACUUCAACUCCCACCGCGACGCCAGCAACACCUGCGACAUCUGCGGGAAGUGCUUCACGGCUCACGCGGCGCUGCUGAUGCACAUGAGGAUUCACACCGGAGAGAAACCGUUUCCCUGCCACUUGUGCAGGAAGUCCUUCAAUCAGAGCGGCAACCUGAAGAUGCACCUGAAGAUCCACACCGGAGAGCGGGCGUUCUCCUGCAGCAUCUGUGGGAAGGGCUUCACCCAGAAACAGACCCUGGACACUCACGUCCGCUUCCACAACAAGGAGAGACGCUUCCUGUGUCAGGUCUGUGGGAAGGGCUUCAUGCAGGACGUGGACCUGAAGAGACACCUGCUGGUCCACACCGGAGAGAAGCCGUACACCUGCAGGGUCUGUGGGAAGAGCUUCCAGGCCAAACGCUCCCUCAACGGACACCUCAAAGUCCACACAGCAGGGGGCGCUGAGACCGGGCCGGACCAGGACCAGGAGCCGGACCAGGACUCAGAGCAGCAGGGGAUGACCAGCUUCUACUCAGGACUCCUCCAGCUGUAGAGUCCAGACUCCACUCAGGUCUUCACAGCUCUGCUCCCUUCUGUGACGCGUUUGACCCGAGAGACGAACCGGCUGUUAAUCCACCGCAGGACGGACGUCCUCCCCGGGGACAUGUUACCACACAUGGACCAGAAGGGGUUUGUGUCCCUGACACAGUGUUUGCAGUAUUUCCUUCAGUUCUCAGAUACAUGGGGACGUGGUCAGUGUCUGUGGGGACGGACAUGUGAUUUUCUUCUCAGAGGACAGACGUCUGUCCUCAGAUCAAAGUGCAGGACACCGCCCUGGUUCUUCUUCUGUCUGGACUCGACACAGAACCACGUGUUCUGGAGAACUCGUCUGGAUCCACGACAUCGACCAUGAGGAACAGGAGUGUGAAGCCCACGACUUCAAAUGUGUAAAAAAUCAUAAACUGAGUCUAGGAUUGUCUCUGGUUCCAGAUACUACAUUACCCACAAUCCUCAGCUGCUUCUGGACAGAAGUCGUAAACCUGUUGCCGUGGUAACAGAGUUUAAUGGUUGUUAUUCUUGUUUUAAUUGGUUUCUGUGAUAUUACUUUUUUUUUACCUUUUUGAUUAAAACUGAAUUUUUAUUCUCUUUUGGUUUUUUAUUUAAAUUUAUUUCCCGUUACACAAAUUUAAUCCUGCUUUUAUCGAAGUAUAAAGUUUUUACCAUAAAUAAUAAAACAACAGUGACACAAGUCACAGUGACGAAGUGUCAGGAUCGUUCAGAACAAAGAUAAAGUUUUAAUUAAAGAGAAACAGUUAUAAUAUAAGAAAGAAGCAAAAGGUUUGUUCUGUUCAUUGAAUCCUUCACAGAGGAAAAAGAACCUGAACGACUGAUGACCCACUAAUGACCACGACUGGAAACGUUCAGGUUCGAUUCCCACUCGGUCAAACUAAAGGUUGAACCUGGUGACCGGAUGUGCAGUUGUCCUCCUGUCCACCAGGGGUCAGCGCGGAGCCGGUGACCCGGAACAGCUCCGGUUGUUUUCCUUCCUGU